UAAUAAUAAUAAAAAAAAUCUCCAAACCAAACCAGCGCCCAAAAUGGCCUUCCUUCUUCCCAAACUCUCCCCACCUCUUCCUCUCCACCCCCACCCAAAAUUUCCUUCCCAAAAUGCCCUCCCUCACCAUUUCCACACCUCCUCCUCCCUCCCCGACCUCCACCCUCCUCCUCCUCCUCUCCGCGACUCCAAGCUCCGGCACCUCUCCGACCAACCUCUCCCCUCCGGUCAUGGCGGCAAGGACGACUUCUACCUCAACCUCGGCCUCGCCGUCCGCACUCUCCGCGACGAUCUCCCCGCACUCUUCCUCAACGAUCUCAACUUCGAAAUCUAUAGGGAGGACAUCACCUUCGUGGAUCCGCUCAACACCUUCUGCGGCAUCGACAACUAUAAGCUCAUCUUCUGGGCGCUUCGCUUCCAUGGCCGCGUUCUCUUUAGGGAAAUCGGGGUUGAGGUGUUGAGAGUUUGGCAGCCGUCGGAGACGAUGAUCUUGAUCCGGUGGGAGAUGCAAGGGGUCCCGCGUGUGCCGUGGGAGGCGCGGGGCCGGUUCCAGGGUACGUCGAGGUAUAAGGUCGAUCGCAAUGGGAAAAUCUAUGAGCAUAAGGUUGACAACCUUGCGUUUAAUUUCCCUCGGGUUGUGAAGCCGGCGACGGUGCUUGAUUUGGUGGCCGCCUCUGCCUGCCCGGCGAGCCCUAAUCUCACGUUCCGCUGGGACGCCAUGGACGAUGCUGGAGCGAGCUCGUGGUUGGAGCUCUACAGGGCGGUCAGGGGGACUUUGGUAAGGGAGGGUUGUGAUGGGUUUUCUCUUGAAGGAUUGAUGGCGAGCUGUUCAUAGCCUUCUUCUUCUUCUUCACAAAAGGAAGCAU